AUGGAGACUCCACGAUGCCUCAAAUCUCUGCUUGCAUUCGCAGGGAGCAUUGGUCUCGCCCUUGCUUGCCCGCAGAACAUAGUGAGCUCUCGAACUCUGAAGGUUCCGAACUCUCCACCCCCAGGACGGCAGAUUGUCGACGGGAACUACCAGUCCUAUUCGAUUGAGUACAGCUACAUGCAAGACUUUGCCGGGAACAACUCACACCCCAAUGAGUUCUCGGCACGCAUGCUCCAGAACCUCAAGGACAUCUCGGGAGCCUACCCCAUGAUCCGCGUGGGCGGCACCACGAUGAACAAAGUCGUGUACGACGCGAACCAGUCGGAAGCAGUGAUCCUAACAUUUGUGAACCCCACCGACGAUCAGCCCUCGCGGAUGACGAUUGGUCCGUCGUGGAUAGAGUCUUUCCACCAGUUCCCCGAGGGAACCCAGUACAUUUACGGUCUGAGUUUCUACGACCCGCAUGACCCCCUAAUCCAGGGCCGGAACGGGGUCGACGAGACGGUGGCCGAGGCAAAGCUUGCCUAUGACGGCCUAGGUGAUAGCUUGUACGCCUUCGAGAUUGGAAACGAGGUCGACUUCUGGCCGUGCAGCGUCAAGCCCUGCAACUGGACGGUGGAGCAGUAUGUCCCCCAGUGGAACGAAUACGCCAACGCUGUCCAGGCGGCGGUUGGGGAUUACGGACCCAUUUUCCAGGGUGGCGUCUUCGCGCCCCCCGAGGGAGUCGGCUACAACGAAACGCCCUUCUGGAACGUCGAAAACGCCGUCAAAUUCGGGAUGAAUCACACAAAGGCCAAGACCCUUUGCGACCACGAGUACAUGGGGGUCAACUGUCCCGGCUACGGACCCGUCCCAACCAUUGAGCGCAACCUGCUCAACCGUACCCAGAUGACGAGCCUGGUGUACAACCACGACUACCUCGGCAACGCGACUGCGGGCUUGGGAAUGAAGUACGUCAUUGGUGAGACCAACUCGAUCGCGUGCCAGGGAACUCCCGGGGUCUCGGACGUGUUCGCCGAGGCGCUGUGGUCGGUCGACUACAUCAUGUACCUGGCCAGCCUCAAGGUGGACCGCGUGCACUUCCACAUGGGCACACCCUACCGCUACAGCCCCUGGCAGCCGAUCGACUAUCUCAACAAGACGGCACAGGUCAAGCCGCUGUACUAUGGCAACCUCAUGACUGCCCGGGCCUUUGCGGGGGGCAACAAGCAGGUCGAGGUGUUGGUCAACGAGACCUUGUUUGGCGCCUAUGCCGUCUAUGACGCGGGCAAGGGCCAGGGCAAGUGCGGCGGCGGUGCCACACCCGAGUCCGUGGUCGUGACCAACAUGGCCAUGUGGAACUCGACGCAACCGGAAGGCCAGCGACCCUACACCAAGGUCCAGCUCCCCGUGGAGUUCAGCCAUGGCAAGGUCAGGAGGUUGACCAGUCCCGGCGUCGAUGUUGCCGAGAACAUUACCUUCGCUGGGCAGUGGGUAGAUGACCAAGGUUAUAUCCACGGAGACGAAGUGCUUGAGGAUGUGCAGGAUAGCUCGGUAGAUGUGGGUGCUGGUGAGGCUGUCCUCAUCUCCAUUUAA